CUUUCGAUCUUUCUCUUGCAGUCCAUAUCAAUCUAAGAUAUACAAUCUUUCAGUAAUCCUCCCUAGCUAGCUCGCAUGGAGACCCUACCUAUUCUCUUUGGCAUAGCAGCUGCUGCGUCAGCGUAUCUCUUCUGGUUCUAUCUCCUAGCCCAAAAGCUCACCGGUCCAAAGGUAUGGCCCGUCGUGGGAAGCCUCCCGGCUCUCUUUCUGAACCGGAGUAGAAUCCACGACUGGAUGGCUAGUAACCUUCGCGCAACCGGCGGUUCAGCCACGUACCAAACUUGCACCAUGCCUUUUCCUUUCUUGGCUAGCAAGCAAGGGUUUUUCACUGUUACUUGUCACCCAAAGAACAUUGAGCACGUCCUACGAACCAGGUUCGAGAACUAUCCAAAAGGACCGGAUUGGCAAGCCGCUUUCCACGACCUGCUAGGCCAAGGGAUUUUCAACAGCGACGGCGAAACAUGGCUUAUUCAACGCAAAACAGCGGCAUUGGAGUUCACCACCCGGACGCUGAGGCAAGCCAUGGCUCGGUGGGUGAACCGGACUAUCAGGACGCGCCUCUGGUAUAUUUUGGACAAAGCUGCUAAAGAUAACUCUUCAGUGGAUUUGCAGGACCUUUUGCUCCGCUUGACUUUCGAUAACAUAUGCGGGCUCACAUUCGGGAAAGACCCAGAAACGCUUUCUCUGGAUCUACCCAAUAACCCGUUUUCCAUAGCCUUUGACACCGCCACCGAAGCCACUCUCCAACGGCUUCUCUACCCGGGUUUCCUAUGGAGGUUUGAGAAAGUUUUCUGCAUUGGUAAGGAGCGAAGAUUGAAAGAAAGCCUUCAAGUCGUCGAGAAUUACAUGAACGAUGCCAUCACGGCUCGCAAGGAAUCUCCGUCCGAUGACUUGCUCUCUCGCUUCAUGAACAAGCGUGACGUCGACGGGAACCCCUUCCCGAUGUCCGUCCUCCAACGCAUCGCUCUGAACUUCGUCCUCGCCGGGCGAGACACAUCAUCGGUGGCGCUGAGCUGGUUCUUCUGGCUCGUGAUGCAUCACCCUGAAGUUGAGGACAACAUCAUCAAGGAGAUAUCGACGGUUCUCAAGGAAACACGUGGCGACGACCACCGGAAAUGGAUCGAAGAACCGCUGGUGUUCGACGAGGCUGACAGGCUAGUUUACCUGAAAGCCGCAUUGGCAGAAACGCUGAGACUGUACCCAUCCGUGCCGGAGGACUUCAAGUACGUCGUUUCGGACGAUGUUUUACCGGACGGAACCUUCGUACCUGCCGGUUCGACCGUUACGUACUCAAUAUACUCGGUCGGGAGGAUGAAGACUAUCUGGGGUGAGGACUGCAUGGAGUUUAAACCGGAAAGGUGGCUCUCCGCGGAGGGAGACCGGUUCGAACCGCCAAAAGAUGGCUACAAAUUUGUGGCCUUUAAUGCCGGACCGAGGACCUGCUUAGGGAAGGACUUGGCUUAUCUGCAAAUGAAGUCUGUGGCUUCUGCUGUGCUUCUGAGGUACCGGUUGUCGCCUGUUCCCGGUCACCGCGUAGAGCAGAAGAUGUCUCUCACGCUGUUCAUGAAGAACGGGCUCCGCGUAUACUUGCGUCCACGUCAGCUUCAAGGUCAACAGGUCGCGACCUGAUCUGGAAGAAAAUGGAUGCAGGAUCGGGGCAAUAUGGUUAUAAUUCGGUUGGUUGUCAUGUUGGGUGUCAAAGGGAAGGUUGUAAAAGUCAUUUAAUUUGUUGUUUCAACUUUCAUAUGUCAUAUACUUCUUUAAUCUUUGUUUGUUGGGUUUGGUGAGAGUCGAAUCUGCUCGUUCAGUAGUUGUUGGUCUAAGAUUUAUAAUGUGUCUGGGAAGUUCAUAUACCAUGUCGGUAGAUAUUGGUUUUCUUUCUUAUCAUGUUUUGUCAAUAAAAUAUUACACAAAGUUGCA